AUGCACUUUGACAAGGUCUUCCUCAUUGAGCUCGGGAUCGCGGCCUUCGUGAUCACCUUCGGGGUGCUGUUGUAUUGUUUCUUUCCCCACACCCGGAUGUAUAUCGGGGUUUUGCUGCUCGUCACCCUCAUUUACAUCACACGGGCCUGGCGUCUGCUCCCGAGCCACAAGCGAUGGCUGGAGGAGCAGGUCGAAAUCGAGGUGAGCAUGAUGCGCGGGAAAGCCCGAACCCAGGCCGCCUCCACCUCCAACGCGCCCUACGCGACGCCCAACGACCCCAUUCCUCAGCCGGAGGCGGGUAAUUGCCUCCCGUGGGGCGCCCCCUGUGUGGAUCCUCGCCUUUCAUCGAUGAGAGGGGCCUCCCUGAUCCCCUCCACCGCCCCGACGCCGUUUCCCCCGUCGAUGCAUCGCGGGAUGCCGCGGCCGAUGUCGAGGCCCCCGGUCAUCGUGGAGCCACCGGGCGUCCAGUACGACGUUCGGCCAGCCUACUUUCCGCAGUUUCCGCCGCCGGAGAUGAACUUCGACGCACGACCGGAGCAUUUUUCCCAUUAUCCAUCGCCGCUAGUGCCGCAGGACGUCGAGAUCGACGUCAGGCAGGCCUACUUUUCGCAUUUCUCGCCGCCACCCUCGAAGCUGCGGUAUCUACCCUGCGCCGCGCGAAGGGUUCCGCCGUCGACGCCUUGCGCUGCGGAGCAAAUCCCUUCAAAGGAGAUCCCUGCGGCGCGAAGCACGGAGUCUCUUGACGGCGAAGCUCAGCCAUCGCAAUGA